AUGGCGGGGCACACGGAACGUAAAGCCGCCAGGAGUGUUCCACACGUACCGCGUGAACCGUCCGCUGUUAGUGCUCAUGGUGGAAGCUCGAACGCCAAGCUUGCUCGUCUACGCAGAUAUCACCGCCAGGCUUUGCAGCACGCCGCAAACUAUCACAACCUGGCCUCAAAUGCAACGUCUGCAUCCGCUUCUAACCCCGCAUUCCAACAGCAGGCAUCAACAGAGCUCUCUGGAUUCAACACAAACUUUGCGGGCUUCACUUCUGUUCUGGCAGAGCUUGGCGGUGACAAGGGCGUCGCGAAUCUAGAUCCCACCAACAACCUAGAGACCUUGCUAGAGAGUAUUGUCAACGCCAACAAGGACAUCCUCACAGUCACUUACAACCUUGUUGUCUCAUUGCCCAUUGUCGGUCCGAUCUUGGGUCCCAUCGUGUACGAUCUCAAAUGUACUCUGGACGACCUACUGGACAUCGUCGAGAAUCUGACCGAUGCCAUCAUCAAUGCGAUACAACCCCUCCUUCAGGCUGUUCUCGGCAAAGCUGUUACUGCGACGUGUGCAUCUGGCGUUCAGGUUGUAGGUCUUUGCAUAUAA